ACACCUCAAGCUAGCAGGGGUAGUGCAUGGCACGUCCUCUUCUUUCGAUUUGAAUUUCGAUGGAUCUAAGUCUGGGUAAUAUGAUUUAAAAGGUAGGCCUCUCGAGAAGAAGGGGGUUCAACUUCUGCAAGGAGUUUUCCCUCUACCGGCGUUCUCGAGUGUUCUCUCUCUGUCUUUCUGUCAACUUUCAUCUUCAACCUGCUUUGAACCAUGAAGUUCACCACUGCUGCCUCUCUCGUCUCGGUCGGUUUGGUGUCCACCGUUGAUGCUGCUAGGACUUUCACGGUCUAUAACGGAUGUCCUUUCACGAUCUGGCCUGCGAUGUUCACCGGCGUCAACCAAGCAACAGCUUCGCCUGCUUAUACCACCGGGUGGGCAGCCAAUGCCUACACUGCCGUCAGUUUCUCCGUGCCAGAUAAUUGGCAGGCUGGUCGUAUUUGGGCCCGAAGAGACUGUGAUUUCAGUGUCAACCCGGGACCGAACUCGUGUCUUGAUGGUGGAUGCAAUGGAGGGUUGGUUUGUGAUCCUACGACUGGUACUGGUGUGCCACCAGCUUCACUCGCCGAGUUCACUCUGUCCGGUGCCGGAGGUCUGGACUACUUCGAUAUCUCCUUUGUCGACGGAUACAAUCUUCCCAUAAGCAUCACCAACAACGUGAACUGCCCCGCGCCCAUUUGUGCAGUUGACCUUGGUCCCAACUGCCCCGCCCCACUUGCUGGUCCUUUCGAUUCCACCGGGUUCCCUGUUGGAUGCAAGUCCGCUUGUGACGCGAACCUCGACGGUGAUCAACAAAACUCCCCCAACUGCUGUUCGGGCCAAUACGAUACCCCGGCGACGUGCCCGGUGUCUGGGGUGGAGUAUUAUACUUAUUUCAAGGACGCAUGCCCCGAUGCCUACGCCUACGCCUACGACGAGUCCAGCGAAAGCGCGCUCUGGACUUGCGCCGACUCCCUCAACGCGGAUUACACUAUCACAUUCUGUCCUCCUGCUUAAACUUAAAGACUCUCUUUCUACUGAAUAUAAACUUGUUCCCCACUGGUACCGCUCUAUUUCUUGUAUAUAGGUAUAUACUACGCAGUGCAAUUGAAUACACUUGAGAUGAAAACGCUCGAAGUGGAAAGAC